AUGACGGAUAUACUUAAAGAGCAGCUGGGGGCUAUCAACCAGCGGCGCCCUUCGCCAGUGGCCGCAACGGAGAAACAGGACGAAGAAAAGACCCAGAAACUACCAAAGGGCGUUGUACUAGAUAAAGAUGGCAAGCCCUGUCGUACUUGUACUUCCAUUGCGGACUGGCGGGCGUUGACGAAGAUGAAAACCGGCGCACCCAAAUCGACCUCCUCCGAUACUACAUCUACAACGAAUACUUCCUCUACCUCCUUAUCCAGCCCUGGGAAUGCUAGCGUUGCCUCUGAUAUACCAGGAGGCUGCCCGGCGGAUGUCGAGACCUUGGGCCGAAGUACAUGGACACUCCUCCAUACCAUGGCAGCAACAUAUCCUACCACAGCGUCACCGCAGCAGCAGAGCGAAAUGGGCCAGUUCAUGACCCUCUUCUCCAAGUUAUACCCUUGCUGGGCGUGCGCAGAUGAUCUCCGCACCUGGAUGAACCAUCCAAGCGGUGCCAAUAAACCGAAACUCGGGGGACGUGCGGACUUUGGCAAUUGGAUGUGCGUCGCGCAUAAUGAAGUGAAUCGCAAACUCGGGAAGAAAGAAUUCGACUGCUCCAAGUGGGAAGAGAGAUGGAGAACGGGAUGGAAGGAUGGGAGAUGCGAUUGA